AUUGCAUUUAUUUAACGUUUAAUUUGCCGGAAGUGUGACGACGUCGGAAGCAUAUAUCGUGUGAGUUGCAUUGCCAACUUCCUUUUCUACUCUUAUCUUCCAUUGAGUGAGGAGCGUGGUUCUCGGGGAGCCGAAACACAAAAAUAAAAAUGGCUUGUGCCCGGCCUUUAAUCUCUAUCUACUCCGAGAAAGGAGAGAGUUCAGGCAAAAAUGUCAUUAUGCCUGCCGUGUUCAAGGCUCCCAUCCGCCCGGACAUUGUCAACUUUGUACACACCAACAUGCGCAAGAACAACCGUCAGCCCUAUGCUGUCAGCAAACUGGCCGGUCAUCAGACAAGCGCGGAGUCCUGGGGUACAGGCAGAGCCGUGGCUCGUAUUCCUCGUGUGAGGGGAGGUGGUACCCACCGCUCCGGCCAGGGAGCCUUCGGAAAUAUGUGUCGUGGAGGUCGCAUGUUCGCCCCCACCAAGACGUGGCGCCGCUGGCACCGCAGGAUCAACACUACCCAGAAGCGUUACGCCAUAUGCUCUGCCCUGGCCGCCUCCGCCCUGCCCGCACUUGUCAUGUCAAAAGGACACCGCAUUGAGGAGAUCCCAGAGGUUCCCCUGGUAGUUGAUGACAAAGUGGAGGGUUACAAGAAGACUAAAGAGGCCGUGCUGCUGCUGAAGAAACUCAAGGCCUGGAACGACAUCAAAAAGGUGUACGCGUCACAACGCAUGCGAGCUGGCAAAGGUAAGAUGAGGAAUCGCAGGCGUAUCCAGCGCAAAGGGCCGUGCAUCAUCUACAACCAGGACCAAGGUGUCACCAAGGCCUUCAGAAACAUCCCUGGCAUCACCCUACAGAACGUGAACAAGCUGAACCUGCUGAGGCUCGCCCCUGGUGGUCAUGUCGGCCGCUUCUGUAUCUGGACCGAAUCCGCCUUCCGCAAGCUGGACCAGCUCUACGGGACCUGGCGCAAGUCUGCCUCUCUCAAGGUGGACUACAAUCUGCCCAUGCACAAGAUGACCAACACAGAUCUGAGCAGGAUUCUGAAGAGUGAGGAGAUCCAGAAAGCACUUCGUGCACCAAACAAGAAGAUCAGGCGCAGAGUCCUGAAGAAGAACCCUCUGAAGAACCUGAGAAUAAUGAUGAAGCUGAACCCCUACGCCAAGACGGCCAGACGUCAAGCCAUCCUGCUGCAUGACCCGGCUAUCAAGGCCAAGAUGCUGAAGCCUAAGAAGAAGCUGUCCAAGGCGGCCCCGUCCAAGGCGGCCCCGUCCAAGGCGGCCCCGUCCAAGGCGGCCCCAGCCAAGGCAUAGAGCAGCUCGUCUCUUCUAACAGACUUUGGGGUUCGGAGAUGGUUUGAAAUAAAAUAUGUAGAAAAACAA